GCGCCUUGGCUUCAUCCCAAUUUAAAUUUCACUCAUUUAAAACAAAAACAAAAACAAAAACGAAAACGAAAACAUAGAACAAAAACCAACAAAAAAAAAAAAAAAAAAAAAACAGAAAACAGAAACCAGAAACAGGCAAACAGGGUUCAAGGGGUUAAUGCUUAGUAGCUGUUUGGAGACUGUUUUAGCUUCCUUAGCGUCCACAGGACAUGCAAGAGGCGAAGCGACUUCACGCUUGCAUCAUAACAUCCGGGCUUCAGCAGCAAGAGAUUCACCUCCGGAAGCUCAUCGCUCUCUACGCCGAUCCUCGCAUUCCUUCCUCCCUCUCCCACGCCCGCCUCCUUUUCGACCAAAUUCAACUCCCAUCUACCUUCAUCUACAACACCAUGUUCCGCGCCUAUGCUGCCAGCACCGACCCACUUCAAGCGCUACAUCUCUACCGUCAAAUGUGCCGCCAUGGUACUCCUCCUGAUCACUACACCUUCCCCUUCUUGCUCAAGGCCUGUUCUAGCCUCUCCCACCUUGCACAAGGCGAAGAAAUCCAUUCCCAAGCUCUCAAACACGGGUUCGGCUCGGACUUGUUCGUGCAGAAUUCGCUGAUAUUCUUGUACGGAUCGAAUAAUAGGAUUUCUGUGGCCCAUCAGGUUUUUGAUGAGAUGGGUCAUCGGGAUAUUGCUACUUGGACCACUUUGGUUACCUGUUAUGUGGAUUUUUGUUCGGUUGAGUCGGCACGUCAGGUGUUUGAUAAUAUGCCCGACAGAAAUGUUGUUUCCUACAGUGCCAUGAUUGCCGGUUACGUUCGAAAGAGUCGGUUUGGAGUGGCAUUAGGCUUGUUUCGUGAGUUGGUGGAUGCAAAAAUGGAGCCUAAUGAUUCCACCAUCAUGAGUGUACUCUGUGCUUGUGCGAAUCUGGGCGCUUUGGAUAUGGGUAGAUGGAUUCAUUCAAGUAUACGCCAAAGGAAGGGCGACCAAUUUGACAGCCUUAUCACUACUGCUUUGAUAGAUAUGUAUGUCAAAUGUGGUAGCAUAAUGAAUGCAUUGUGCGUUUUUGAAGGAGCUAGGAAGAAAAAUGUUGGUGAAUGGACCGCUUUGAUGUCUGGGUUGGCCAUGCAUGGUCUUGGCAGGCAAUUGAUUGAGGCAUUUGAAGAAAUGGUGAGCUCUGGGGUUAAACCGAAUGCUGUUACAUUUGUUGCGCUUCUCGCUGGGUGCUCACAUUCAGGACUAGUGAAAGAGGGCUUGAGCUAUUUCAACAGAAUGAAGUUGGAAUAUGGGGUUGAUCCAAUUGUUGAGCACUUCGGUUGUGUGGUUGAUCUUCUUGGUCGGGCUGGAUUGAUUGAUCAAGCCUUCCGUUUUAUUGAGGAAAUGCCUGUGGAGGCAAAUGCUGCAAUUUGGGGUGCUCUCUUUAAUGCCUGCAGGGUCUACAAGAAUGUUGAAGUUGGAGAAAUUGCUGCAAGAUGGCUAAUGAUCGAUGAGCCCUGGAAUGCGGCUAUUUAUGUAUCUUUAUUAGGUUUGUACAGGGAGGCUGGAAGAUGGGAUCAGGUGGAAAAGGUUAAAGAGGAAAUGAAGAAUACCGUUUGUAGAAAGAACCCUGGUUGCAGCUUGCUUGAAGUAAAUGGCUUUUGUUUUGAGUUUGUAGCUGGAGAUAGGUCACACCCUUGUGCCUUAGAAGUGUGUAAAAACUUAAGUAAAUUGAUCGUGGAAUUUACAGAAAAUUAAUGUGUACAAAUCUAAUGGCACAGAAAGCUUGCGCUAUGCUGCCACUGCAGAUCUUCUCUACUCGUGGAGUCUGUAUCAAUCAGCGAUCCAGGUAGCUGUUGUUUGUACAAGAGCUAAAACCAAGCAGUGAUGCUUAUGAAAGUAGCUGCCAAGGAUUGCUGGUGGCUUUCAAAAACAUUCUCCAAAAAGUGCUUCUCUAGGAAAUAGAAGUCAUCUGGCAGCACAUUGUAUGAACUAGGAACAUAAGAGAUUCCUUUUUAUGGGGAAGCAUGUUGGCUGCGAAAACUUCUCCGGGUGCACAUGGUUGUGUAAAGCUACAAGAGAAUUUUAGUGGAAAGCACCAGAGUUGAUCAGAUGAAAAAUGUGUAGCUGUAAGCUUCAUGAUAUUAAAGCUCGUGGUCGCUUGUGGUAUAACAUGGGAGUAUUUCUUAUCCGGAGACUUGGGGACAUUGCUUCAUUAUUCACUUUGGCAAUCUUCCAGAGAAGCAAGUUUCAAUGGAAACUGUUUGGCAAUUAAUUAAUCCGUAAUGCUUUUCCUGAUGAACUUCUUGUGCUGCUCAUUGGGAGGCUUGGGAAAACAGCCUGUGGAGAUGUAGUGGAGAAUUCAGGUUUUUCUAUCUCAUUUGCAGGUUCCUGGUGACCAGUAUAUGGAUGGGGAAGUUAAAGGCUCCACUGAGAAUUGCAUUCUGAGAAGUUAUCCUUGCAUGAAGAGUGUCGAUUGUGUCAAUAGCCAAGUGCCAUGCUACACUCCUGAAAACAUUUUUAAGGAUUCUCUCAUUUAGCCAACAACUAUAUAACCAAGCCCCAUGCUUGGAAGAGUUUGCUCCAAUCCAUUUUUGCGAGGAUUUAGACAUACAUUGUAUGUAUAUUAGGGUUUGUAAUGAAUCCUGCUUACUAGUUUAAGGUAAGGGUUUAAUAUAGACUUAAAUUCA